CAAAAAUCUCAAAAUAUUCGAACUUUGGAACGAAUAUUCACAACAAUAUAAUAAUAAUAACCUAUUAUUAAACUGAUAUUAAAAAUAAAUAUUAACAUUUUGGGUUUUCGGCAAUUUUGCAAAAUAUAGUUUUUCGAUAGUAUGGGUUUGAAAUGUAUUAUUUGUGAAACCAAAUUUACUACACGAACCAAUUUGAACAAACACAUGAAGAACAUUCAUAAACUCAAGCCGACGACGAUGUGUUAUGAUAGUGAUAGAUCUAAGUGGAAAAAUAAAUGCCUGGAAAAGGGUUGUAAUAAUUCCUUUCGGAAUAAUACAGAUUUAAUAAAUCACUUAUCUGAAAGUCACGACAUAAAAAUUGAAAGUGAGGAAAUAGAAUUUGUUGACAAAGAUGAGUUUCUGGACUGGAAAAGUGAUAUUGAAAAAACUUUCAAAUCUAAUUAUGCGAUCACAUCAGGCUAUUCCAAGGAUCAACCGGUGACUUAUUAUUCAUGUAAUAGAUCAGGAAAGAUUCCAUCAAGAGGCUCAUUCAAAAGGAGAGGUAAAAUCCAAGGAUCAUGUAAAUUAAAUAGUCGUUGCACCAGUAUGAUCAAACUUAUGGAAGGUACAAAUAAGCUUUCAGUAACUUGGGUAAAAACUCAUUAUGGUCACACAACUGAACUAGAACACUUGAGGAUUUCAAAGACAGAAAAAUCAAUUAUAGCCUCCAAACUUUUCUCGGGAGUUCCACCAUCAAGGAUUCUGGAUUCAUAUAGGAACAAUAUUGACGAAGAUGAUCCAUAUCGGGAAAAUUUCAUAACUAGAAAAGAUAUUCUGAAUAUAAAAAACUCCUUGAAAAAAACAAAACCUUCGAAUCUUCAGGAAAAUAAACGUGAGAACAAGUUACCUAGAGAGGUGAAUAAACCUGUUAAUUUAAAGAAAACUCUAUUAUCAAAAAUAAUGAAUAUAAGGACUAAGUUACGAAAUAAAAAUAUAAGUCAGUUAGAUGAUGAAGUAACUAUUCUAAUUGAAGGCCAUUUGGAUACGAUUGAUGAAUUACUGGAUUUGCCUUGCACUUCCAGUACGUCAUAUUGUAAUCUGAGUGAUGAUGAGCCAGCACUGCCAGCAGCAAAAAGACGAAAACUAAAAAAUAGUGAAAUUCAUGAAAGUAACUUUGGGGAAUCACAUGUUUCUCAUUCAGCAACAGACGAUCACAGCUAUUUUGAAUCAUCAAUAUAAUUGAUUGGUGUGUAUAAUGUUUAAAUAACUAUU